AUAGGAAUUAGGUAACGUAGUUAAAGUAGCCAACCCGCUAAAGUACGGGUUAGCUACUUUAACCAAUUCAUCAGGCAACAACACUUGCAAGCUGACCGCCAAUAUGGCCUACAGUGAGUCCUUGAAGGCAUCACAGCAUGUCUUGAAACAGAACAGCAGAUGUCACUACCGUCAAUAAACACGUCAUAUCGCGUUAUGUUUAUUUCAUUUCGAGACACAGGGGAGUGUCUCUUAGCACCGAUAGCUGUCUGAUGGAUGUCAAAGACCAGUCACAGUUUGUAAUCCCUCCCCCGUCUGCCCGUGCCAGGAAGCUGCGUGUGUCAAUAACGACAGUCUGUGCUCAUAGCUGUCCCUCCCAACAUGGCACCUAAAGACCCUCUGCUCGGCACUCUCAAAGUGUGUGUCCUGAAUCUGCUGUCAGAUGGAGAGAUGGUGACGGACGCCAACCCUCAUCUCGCCUCCUGCUGUGAACUCUUGGAACUGGUCCUCAGGAAGGGGCUCCAGCAGCCAGUCAUCAGUCUGGUACACAGAGACUACUGGCAGAGUUUUGAACAGCUUACUCACCAUGAUGCCUGUGGCAGAUUGUCUGCUCUGUCCCUGGCAGUGGAGCAGACCAGAGUUUGCAGAAAGCUGCUCUCAGCUCAGGGCAGAGGCCGCUACCUGCUCAGACUGGCCCUCAGCCGCAAAGCUCUGCCACAGUUCAUCUCACACCUGCUGCACACGCCCAGAGUCCUGGAGUGGUACAGCCCAGAAGUGUCAAUUCUCAGGAAUGAAGAGUUUGUGGAGCCUUUCAUGUCGCUGCUGCUGGUCCUCUCUCACAUGGAAUUUAAACUGAACAUGGAGAAUUGCAGUUUUCUUGAUGAGAGCUGGCUCCUACCGGUGUGUGAGACGUAUGAAGUAGUGCCCUGUCGGGAGGUAGGGAUGGUGUUGAGGUAUCUCAGUGGACGUGUCUUCGUCCUUGACCUGAUGCCUGGUGGUCAGGCUCACAUCGACAAGUUUAUCUGCCCUGGUGACAUUAUUGAUGAGAUCAAUGGAACGUCUCUCAGGAAUUCCAAGAAUGGACAGGCAGGUGUGGUUCUGUCUCGGCUGAAGGGCUGCCCACUGACCAUCAGUGUUCUGCGAUGGAGGGCUCAGGAUGGAACAGUGUAUCGGCCUCUCAUUAAAAGCCUGCGUGCCCUAAGGAUGGAAAACCCCAGCAUGCAAAUCGGUCCUGCUCCCUCCCAGCAGUCAGCUUCUAAGGACCAAAGAAGCUCUCUGUCACAGUGUCUCAAAGAGGGAAGGAUUGUUUACAUAGUGCAGUUCUUGGGAAAAACAAGCAUUGGAAUGUUUGGAGGCAAGGAGGUGCUGCAGCACGCCAUUCCACAAGUGUUGCAGAAAAACCAGCCAAGCAGGGAGGUGCUUUUAGACAUGAAGGAAACACAUUUGACUUGCACAGACAGCUGCAGUAAGCAGGAGCUGUUUAAGCAUCACUAUCCUGAGAUUUCAUGUGUUGGGAGAUUUGGUCAACCAGACUACACAAUAUUUGCAUUCUGUGUGGCAGACUCCCCAGACACCCCUCAGUCUACUGGCUUCUGCUGUGUUGCACUCCGGGCAAGCACCACCAAGGAGUGUGAAGAGAUUGUCUGUCGUAUUGGUGAGACAGCCAUGAGUUCAUACGAAUUGCUUGUCCCCAUCUUUAGCGAGCAAGCUUACAUUUAUGUGUUUGUUUUUACAGCAACCGGUUUCAAGCAUACCGAGUGGUUUGUAUGACAGCUCAACAGCGUUCAACUUAUUUGAAGUGGUUGUAAAUAAAGGCAAUUUCUGUGACAACAUACCCACUGCAAUACUGUCUGAAUAUCAAAUACAUUAAAAAAAACAAACAAAAACAAAAAAACAAAAAAAAACAAAAACAAACACAUGGGCAGAACACAAGGCUUUUCUACUCAUAAAGACUUUAAUAGAAAGACAUGUGACAACAUUUCCAUAAAUAGUAUUAAAUGUAGCUGCCAAGAUUUUAUGUUGAAAAACAUGUAAAAAGCAGUCCAGAAAAAUACAGAGGGGGCCAUGCUUCUUGCCACCAAGUGUUGAGUAUCAACUGAACCUGACACUGGUGAAACCUGAUGAGCAUGACAUGCUGGCAUUUUGUGGUAGAUGGUAGAUUGUUGAAGAAACCCUGGACCCCAUGGAAGAUGUGAAGAUUCAUCCUUGCUUCAUCCCCAGAAUUUGCCUGUUACCCACAAAAAAAACUUGAGGGGUGGCAUAAUGGCUGUAACAUGUAGUAAUGAUGACCCAUGAUGGAUACUCCUACUGCACAAUACUUCCAA